AUGUCCCCCACCACCCCCUCCUCAACCGCCGCCUACUACCACACCUACACAACCACCCACCCACCCCCCCACCUCGCCGCCCACCUCCUCGCCGACCAGCGCCUCAUCCGCCAGAACCUGCCCCCCUCCCCCCUCGCCCUGCACAUCCCACACCGCCUAAUAGACCCCAUCGCAACAGCGCUCUGGAACCCAACCACCGACGGGCCCCCACCGCCGCUCCCGGCGCUCCGCAUACGAUACCACGGCCUCAUCGCGACCAUCAAGAACGCCAUCACCGCGCCCCCGCAGCCUGACCCGGCGCCGGCGAGUAUUGUCCCCACGGACGCAGACUUCGAGGCCGCUGUGCGCGUGCUGGAGUUUUUGCAACGCGUGCCGAGCACCCGGGUUGCGGGCGACACGCCGCUAAGGGAUGUGGUCGUUGCGAAGCGUGGUGGGGGGAAGAGGAAGCAGCAGCACCAGCAGCAGAGGUGCUAUAUGUGCAGGUACCACAACGCGACGCCGCACCCGCUGUACCGGUCGCUGUGCACGUCGUGCGGCGCGUUCAAUAUUGCGCAGUCGGGGCUGAGCGCGCCGGGGGUGUUGCGGCUCUCUGGGCGCACAGCGCUGGUGACGGGGGGGAGGGUGGGGCUGGGGUUUGAGGUUGUGCUUAGGCUGUUGAGGUGUGGGGCGGCGGUGGUGGUGAGUUCGCGGUAUCCGUGGGAUGCGGAGAGGAGGUUGAGGAUGGAGGGGGAUUUUGGGGAGUGGCGGGGGAGGGUGGCGGUGUUGGGGGCGGACUUUCGGAGGAUGAGGGAUGCGGCGGGGUUGGUGGCGGGGGUGAAGAGGGUGCUGGGGGAGUGGGGGGCGGGGAAGGGGGCGGGGAGGGGGAGGGGGUGUGUGCUGGAUGUGCUGGUGAACAAUGCGGCGCAGACGCUGACGGACUCGGCGGGGAAGGAGGGGAGGGCGGUGGGCGUGGAGAGGCGGUUGAGGGAGGAGGGGGAGGGGAGGGAGGGCGGGGUUGUGAGGGGGCAGGAGGGAUAUUGGCCGAAGGUGAGGGGCGGGCAGAGGGGGAUGAGGAUCAUUGCUGCGGUCGGGGAGGAGGAGAGUUAUGGCGGCGAGUGUGAUGCGCCGCGGGCGCAGGAAGUGCCCGGGCAGGAGGUGCUGGAAGAGACCGCACCAGAGGAGACACAGACACUACCGGAGAAUGAUGGCGCACUAACACAGCGGCACCAGUCCUCCUGGACGCAGAAGCUCGCCGACAUCCCGUACCAAGACAUCGGCGACGUGCUCGCCAUCAACUCCUUCGUCCCACUCCUGCUCAUCCGCGAGCUCCUCCCACUCAUGGGCCACCCCCCUCCAACCUCCACCUCCACCACACAGGCCCCAGAAGACAAGCCCACAAAGCCCGCAGGCUACAUCAUCAACGUCUCCUCGCGCGAAGGGCUCUCCGAGGCCUCGCCGGACGCGAGCAUCAAGGGCGGCCACCACGUGCACACAAACAUGUCCAAGGCCGCGCUCAACAUGAUCACCGAGACGGAGGCGCACCCGGCGUGGGCGGGGCGGAGGGUCGCGAUGAACUCGGUGGAUCCGGGGUUCAUGAGUGCGGCCGAUGGGUCGGAGUGCCCGAUUGGCUGGGCGGACGGCGCGGCGAGGGUGCUGUGGUGUGUGGCGAAGGGGGAGGUGGAGGGCGAGGCCGUGUGGGGGAGGUUUUUGAAGCAUUUUGGGGGCGUGGAGGCGGUUGUGAGGGGCGUGUGA